AUUUAUGCAUUUUUUAUAUAAAAAAUGUUAGAAAAAAAGUGGGAAGCAUCGUAUCCUGUUAAAAAUCCUGAACAUAUUAACACUAGGACUAAAUUACCACCUUUACCAUUUCAAGCAUCUUACGAAGAAGAUGAAGAAGUUAAUUUUUUUUGGUUAAUAUCUCAUGAAUAUCAACGCAUUUGGUUAGAAGAACAAAAAAAAUGGGAAACAAUGACUUAUCAAAGUAAAGAACAACAGUCAAAAUUUAUGAGAAAAAGUGUAAAUCCACGUUUACGCCCACGACGUUAUGCAACCCCUCCACCAAUUGAAUUCAAAAUAAAACGGUUUGAAAACAUACCUGGAAAAACAGAUACAUUUCAUCGUGACCUUAAAAGAGCUGUAUGUGUAGAAGGAAAAACAAAACCAAAGUAAAUGAAAUGAAAAUUAGCAGUUUAUAUUUAAAAAAUAAUAAUUUUUUUGAAUCAUUAUAUGUAUAGCGAUAUUAAAUUUAAGUUAAAUAAAUAUUUCA